CAUGCCUCGGCCUCGAUCCAUGGCACAAAAAAUGGUGGCCAAGAACAGACCAGAUCAGCAGAAGACGACGAAGAAGAAGAAAGAGGAUGAUGAAGAAAGAAAGACUAGAAAGCUAACGAGGUUGCUGAUCACAGUGAGUGUUGCGGGAAGAACAGGACCUCUGAGAUUUCUAGUGAACGAAAACGAUGUCGUUUCCGACGUUAUUCUCAUCACUCUCAAAGCUUAUGCUCGUCUUGGAAGGCUUCCUCUUCUCGGAUGUGAUCCCAGCAAUUUUCUCCUCUACUGUCCUCCACAACUUCACGCUCUGAGUCCGAAGGAAGCCAUUGGAUGUUGUGGAGCAAGAAACUUCGUAUUAUGGAAGAAGGAGGCCAACAUGGACGUCAAAGGAACAAGUCCAAUCAAAGAUGACACCCAAAAUCAAAAUCGUCGCUGGAAUUCCAAAUGGAAAUCAUGUUUUAUCGUCCAAUCCGAACUUGCGCCUUAGUAAAUUGUUUAUUUAGGAUAUCAAUAUUUUAUGGUUGAUGGUAUAUUAUUUAUAAUUUGCCGUACGUCUUUAUUUGUAUAUUGCUUUUGGUUUUAAUUUAUGUGUGUCUGUCGCCAAAUUGCCAUGUUUGUAGAAUCCACUUAUGUACACACAAGAGCACUUGUAUUAAAUACUCCUAUUUAAUGAUAAUAAUAUAAUAUA